AUGUUGUUAACUGGUCAUUCUGUAGGAGAAGUUUGUUGUGAUAUAUCUCAGCUACAUGUGCAUAGAUACAUUUUAUACGAGAUUGGAACUCGAUUCAAGGAUUAUAGAGCGAAACUAUAUCGACACUACAAAAAGGUACGUGAUCUAGCACGUGCUCGCCAAAAGCCGUAUAAAGAUAUUAAACAAGAAGACUGGAACAUAUUAUGUGAUAAAUUGGAAUCUCUGGCAUGGAAGGAAAAAUCUGCAAAAAAUAAGGUGGCCCGUAGUAAAUUGAGGUUCAAUCAUCGAGGUGGACCAAAACCAUUUCAGUGUCAUCGAGAAGAUUCGGAAGAAAUGAUUACCUUAAAAGCGUAUCAUGCUUCUCAAGGAGACGAAAAAACAGAAGAAGAAAUAAUGGAGACAGUCCUUGGGAAAAGAUCGAACUAUGUAAUAGGAAUGGGAUAUGGACCGAAACCCACCAGAAAUAAAGGAUCAUCAUCAAAAUACUCUGAUGAAUAUGUGGAGUCAUUAGAGGCUCGUCUUCAGAAGCAUGAGGAAGAAAUGGCAAGGACCACCCAAGAACAAAUACAGAAAGCAUUGGAGGCCCAAAGUCAGGAGUUUAAUAGGAAACUUCUCGAAAUGCAACAAAUGUUUCUUUCGGGGGGAGGAAGUUCAUCGACUAGUAAGGUAUGUCGUGAAAUUAGUUUCUUGGUGUUCUGGCUAUGUGCUCAAGUGUUAAAUGUUUACGUAUGUUUUGAGAGUAUGUCUUCUGGAUUAUGUUUGUCUGAAGUAUGA